AUGGCGAGCAGCCGUAAUUUAUCGUUAUUGAAUUUGUUCAAAUUAGCGACGUUCAAUGUUCGAAGCCUAACGUCGAACGUGAAGCAGCAGCAACUGGCGACUGACAUGGAUGCCUAUGGCGUAGACUUCUGCAGCCUUCAAGAGCUCAAGACCACCGAAGCAUUCGACAGGAAAAUACACGCGGGCCAAAAAACUUUCCGCUUGAUCAGCUUCGGCCAAGAAUCUGGAAAGCAUGGCGGCCUUGGAUUCGUUAUCUCUCCAAGAAUCGAACCAUUCCUGCUACAUCAUAAGAAGUUAACAGACAGAGUCGGCUUCGCGGACUUCAAGUUCCCUCGGGCCCACGGUCGCGACACUCUCGAUGUGCGUAUCAUUUCUGCAUACGGCCCAACAACCCCUCUCGCGGAGAAAAACCCAGACAUCCGAGACCAAUUUUACGAUAGUCUGUCGAGUGCAUGGACCAGCGUGAAGAAACGAGCCAUUGUUCUGUACGCAGGUGACUUCAACAGUAAAGUUGGAACUGGGAUGGCACCCUGUGUUGGUCAGUACGCUAAGGGCAAACGGAACGAAAAUGGCGAGGCCCUGGUUGAAUGGGCGACGUCCAGGAGUCUGGUGUUGGCGAACACACUCUUUCGCUAUUCACAGCGCUACAGAACGACGUGGACUGGAUAUGUCAGAGACGGACCGUGCACUAAGCCUAUCUACAAUAUGAUUGACUACAUCAUCGUACCGGAACAUUGCAAAUCCCUUGUCCGACGAGCACGCUCAUAUGGUGGCACCAUGGUGUGCAGUGAUCACAAACUUGUGAUCAGCGAUCUCCGACUCGAUUCAUUCUUCAAAGUGUUCAGAGCGUCGAAGAAGCAGGAACCCCCCUUGCCAUAG